UCAGCUGUUGGCAACACUGCUAGAGAGUGGAGACUGGAGGUGGACAGAAAUCAGCUGUCAACGAGCUCCGAGCACGAGCAGUCCGAGCUCCAAGAUCUAAAAAGUAAAAAUGUUCGCUCUUGGUCCCCGGGUAGUUAUAUCAAGAUCGGCGAUAGCCGGUCAAAAAGCAGUUUUGGUGGAAACAUUGAGGGUGUUGAAAGCUGAUGAAACUCAGAAACGCCAUGUCACUGGGGAUAUCAUCUCACCUGGGCAAGUCUUGGGAAUCGAACAUCUCAGAGACCCACGCCUUAACAAGGGUCUCGCGUUUACUCUCGAAGAACGCCAGGCUCUGGGCAUUCACGGUCUACAACCAGCCCGCUUCAAAUCUCAAGAAGAGCAAAUUGAACUCUGCCGGAUAUCAGUGGAGCGGUACCAAGAAGACCUGAACAAAUACCUCUAUUUGACGGAACUUCACGACAGAAACGAAAAGCUGUUUUUUAGACUCUUGUCCGAAAAUAUCGAGAGGUUGAUGCCUAUCGUUUACACGCCCACGGUAGGAUUGGCAUGUCAAAAGUUCGGGUUGAUAUACAGGAGACCUAGGGGAUUGUUCAUCACUAUCAAUGAUAUCGGGCAUGUCUACGAAGUCAUCAAGAACUGGCCUGAACCCAACGUCAAAGCUAUUGUGGUAACAGAUGGUGAACGUAUUUUGGGUCUAGGAGACUUGGGAGCUUGUGGAAUGGGUAUUCCUGUGGGAAAACUUGCUCUGUAUACAGCCUUGGCUGGAUUCAAACCUCAUGAAUGCUUACCUAUAGUAUUAGAUGUUGGGACAAAUAACCAGACUCUUCUGGAAGAUCCCCUGUACGUCGGCCUGCGCCAGAAACGGACGACGGGCAAGCUGUACGACGACUUCGUCGACGAGUUCAUGGAGGGCAUCGUGAAGCGGUACGGCCAGAACACGCUCAUCCAGUUCGAGGACUUCGGCAACCACAACGCGUUCCGCUUCCUCGACAAGUACCGCGAGGAGUACUGCACGUUCAACGACGACAUCCAGGGCACGGCGAGCGUCGCCGUUUCGGGGUUGUUGGCCUCGAAAAGGGUGACGGGGAAGAAUCUGUCUGACAACAAGUUCCUCUUCUUGGGGGCGGGAGAAGCGGCUAUUGGUAUUGCUGAUUUGACUGUGAAAGCUCUGGAAAACGAGGGCCUCAGCCUCGAGGAAGCGCGAGAUAGAAUUUGGAUGGUGGACAUUGACGGUUUGUUGGCAGUUGACAGGCCUGAAGGCAAUCUCGAAGGUCACAAGAAAUUUUAUGCCAAAAAGCAUGCGCCCAUCAAAGAUUUCGCUGCCAUCGUUCAAGAGAUCAAACCAUCGAUUCUCAUAGGUGCCUCUGCAGCGGCUGGCGCAUUUACUCCAGAAAUAUUGGAAUCCAUGGCAUCAUUCAAUGAAAGACCUAUCGUUUUUGCAUUGAGUAACCCAACUAGCAAAGCUGAGUGUACUGCAGAGCAGGCAUAUUUUAAUACAGGUGGCCGCGUCAUUUUCUGCAGCGGCUCGCCCUUCGGCAAAGUCGUGAUGGGCGACAAGACCUACUAUCCUGGCCAGGGCAACAACGCCUACAUCUUCCCCGGCGUAUCGCUGGGCGUCCUCCUGUCCGGCAUCCACCACAUCAACGAGCAGAUAUUCCUGAUCGCCUCGGAAACAGUGGCGGAGAGCGUGUCCGAAGACGAUUUGGCCAGAGGCAGCCUCUACCCGCCCUUGAGUUCGAUCAAGGAGUGUUCGGUCAACAUCGCCUGCCGUAUAUUGGAGUACGCCUACCAAGAACGUAUUGCAUCAGUAUAUCCAAAACCUAAAGACAUGAGGAAGUAUGUAGAAUCUCACCAGUACAACUACAAUUACGAACCGUCAUUACCGCAGACCUGGCAGUGGCCCAACCCACCGUACAUCAAGACGAAACCCAUGGAACCCAUCAAACUGAAAGCAUAAUCAUUGUAGAUUAUCAUAGAUGAUAAUGAGAUGUUGCACCAGAUGGAGCGAAGGAUUUGGAACAACUCUCAUAAACACCUCAUAAUAAUUAUUAUUGAAAAUCUUUUGCUCUUGUUAGUACCCCGGUAAUAGUUGUCAAAAAUAAACAUGGAAUUUCUCUCGAAUGACCGGGUAUGAAGUAUUUUUCGAGGGAUAUUUUGAUUGUUUGCUCAUUUUCGACAACUCAUUGCAAGUAUUAUAAAAUUUAGGUAAAUUAUUUCCUGUUAUGUAAAGUUUACCGACCUUGUGAUGCAGAUAAUUUAUUUGUUGUUAUUUAACUAAAUUCAGGUAGAAAUAAUAUACAAUAUGAAUGUGUACUAUAUUGUGCCAUAUAUCGUAAUAAAAUGUACUUAUUUAUUCAGGAAAUGAUGCAUCAGAAAGUAUUAUUUUGUGUAUAAUUGUUUUCGAAAAAAAAAAACAUUCUAUUUAUUUAACGAUUUUGAUUCAGUAUUUAGUUCUUGUCAUUUAAUUAAAUUUUGAAGUAUGUCCAAGAAAUUAAUAAAUGAUAUUUGACUUUU